AGGGUUGAUCGAUCCACCGGUUGCGCGCGCGCUCGCCGCAUGCGCGGAAUCAACCCGCCGACAUGCCGCGAGUCGCACGCACCCCCGAGCGAGAGAAAGAGAGAGCCGUUGCCGACCGAUAACUCGCGAGGCCCAGGAUCCGUAAAUAAACGCACGAGUCUUACCUUUUUUCCCCUUGAAUUUUCCGUGACGUGUCGCGCACGAUAGGAAAGACCACGCGGGUGUGGCCGUGUGGGGGUACGUGCGUGCGAUUGGGGUUGUGCGAGCGAUCAGCUCACAGCAGCGCGCGACCAUCGUGUGCGUGUCAUCGCCCAUCGUACGAACGUACUAAGUCGAUGGUACCAUCGACGGCGACAGCGGAUGUACGGUGAGCGUCAACCCGGCUUGGCCGAUUACGCCAUCAGGCUGCCGCCACCAAGAAGGGAGGAAGUCUGUCUCGCGUGCCAUCACACAUCAAUGGUUCAGCUGGGAUGCCGGCCAUGGAAUCUCAGUUUAACGAGCGUGAUCAUCCUGGCGCUGUCGAACAUGCUGCUGACGUUCCUGCUGUUGCAAUCGGAGACUUGCGCGCCAGAAGCGAUCCCGCGGGAAGUGGAGAUGAACGCCGUCACCGAGUGGAAUCUCGGCACUCUCGUCAAGCACGAGCAACAAUCAGAAUGCAUCACGCAGGAUUACCAGCCCGCGUCACCUGACGCUAACAGUCUCAAGCUGGACAUAAAGCUCGGUAGAUGGGACGCCCGGCGGAUGUUCCGGAUGUAUGACUCGGUGCUGGUCGGCAGCAGGUUCACGGAGCUUUCGCAAACCUAUCGGGUGUGUCUGGCUACCCAGAGCUCCGUGGAAAAAUUACACUCACUGGUACAAGUCGCCUUGCAUUGGACCGGCCCGAUGUCCGUAGCGCUUUAUGCCGCCGGUGAUGAAGAAUUUGAGGUGUUGCAGCGUUACCUGGUGUACCUGAGGAGGUGCUACGAAUCUAUUAGAGAGAGAGUGAUUUUCUCUCUUGCCGUGCCGAAAAUGCGAACGCCCAAGAAGCAGCCGCGCGUUUUCGAACUGCCGGACCGUGUCGAUUGUGCCAAACCGGAAGCUACCCUCAACGAGUUCAUGAGCCGCGUGCCCAAUGAGCAGACCAAUUGGCGGAUACGGAAUGUAUAUCCGCAGAAUCACAUGCGGAACCUGGCGCGCAAAAACUGCCAGACGGACUAUGUGUUUUUAACGGACGUCGACAUCGUCCCGAGUUUCAAUCUGACGGUCGUGCUCGACGAGUUCCUUAGGAACGACAACUGUGAUAAGUGCGCCUAUGUAAUACCCACGUACGAGUUGGACACGCGCGUGAGGUUUCCUCCAAAUAAGACGGAGUUAAUUAGGCUCGCCACGAAAGGCUUGGCCAGGCCUUUUCAUCAGAAAGUCUUUAUACAUAAUCAGUUUGCCACGAAUUUCACGAGGUGGCUACAGGAUGUGUCACCGAACCAUGUGCAUCACGAAAAUGUCAAGACUGGUAAGGUGUACAUUAGUCAUGAUGUGACGAAUUUCGAAUUCCUUUACGAGCCUUUUUACGUAGCGAAGGAUAUCGUUCCGCCCCACGAUGAGAGGUUUAUGGGAUACGGAUAUACAAGGAAUACCCAGGUUUACGAGAUGUACGUGACGGGUUAUCAGUUCAAGGUACUAUCACCGGUAUUUACAGGCCACUGGGGACUACAGACUAGGAAGACCAGGCCUGCUUGGCGCGAGCGUCAAAACAGUGCCAACAGGAAACAAUUCGAGACGUUCAAAAAGGAAGUAUUUGCUCGUUACAUGCGUGAUCCGUUGAAAAUGAUGAAGAACAUCAACUGACGAAAGGCUCAUCGAGGAUCUCAUUGAUUUGAGACUCCUCCGUUGAUUAAGUUCGUCCUUAGGCUUAGCAUCGAGGAAUCCAGAGUAGAAUUAGGCCUCUGGCUACCGUCAGUGCUCGCCACGUAAUGUAGUUAAUAGAUUCGAAGUGUUUUUCAUGUGAUCGAACAAGUCAACGAAGAAUUCGCCCGUCUAACAUUCCUUCUUUAUCUUCUAUUAUUACCUUUUUCAUUAUGUUUUAAUGUAUCAGAUCUGAUAAUUUUCGCUCUCUCAAUUUUAUUUAAUUUUGAUAUAAAUUUGACUUAUAGAAUCACUUUUUCAUCCAUCGAUAUCAAUUUAUAUAUUGUAUUAUGUAAACAAGUAUUUAUACAUUCUAAAGCACGAUAACGUGGAAUAGAUAGAACUUUUUGACGAAGGAUUGUCAAUCUUAUCCUUCGGAGUGGGAACAAUGAUGAAAUCCGUAUUAAGUGCAACGAUGAAGUGCCACGAUAUGAGAGAGAACAGAUGCCAGAUCGGCUAACUACGAUCGGCGGAUUUGCGCUACUUAUCGAGCCUUCCGGUUCAGCGAUUCCGCUAGCCGGAAUCAACCGCGAAAGCUCUUGUUACUUCCACUCACGAUUUCCCAAAGUCAUCAGAGACCCGCCAUGCGGGAUCGCGGAAUAAAUAUCUCGUCGUGAGUUUCGCGGCACGUACUCGCGCACGACGAGCGGGAAAACGAGGGCAGGGGAUCUUAAGUGAGCGUACCUCGUUAGCUGUCUGGGGCUUAAGAGGGUGGCGUUUAAAUCCAAAAUCGAUACUCCGCUUGACGCUACUAGCGUAGCGCUUCGAAACGUAAAAUAAACAAAUGGCAUAAACUGUCGUCGUGGCGUAUGGUCUCGGAUUUGUACUGAUAGAAAAUGCGAAAGUAAUUUACAAUAAAUAUGAUAUCUCUCGAGUCGCAGUACUCUUAAUCAUUAGGUUCUUUGAUCCAAGUUAAUUUCUUUCUCUUAUAAAACACGGCACCAAUAAUCUUUUAAUUAUAAGAAUUUGCUAAUUCAGGAAACUUUACGAAUUAAACAUUAGGAUGGAAAAUAGACAAUAAAAAAUUUCAGAAGGUAUAUACUUUGGUCGAAUUUUUAAUUUACGAUAU